CGAUCCACACCUGUGCACCUCGCGCCCGCCGACCAUGCCCGCGGGCGUGCCCUUCGCCACCUACUUGAAAAUGUUCGCAGCCAGCCUCCUAGCCAUGUGCGCGGGGGCCGAAGUGGUGCACAGGUACUACCGGCCGGACCUGACGAUACCUGAAAUUCCACCGAAGCCUGGAGAACUCAAAACAGAGCUUUUGGGACUGAAAGAGAGACAACACGAACCUCAAAUUUCUCAGCAGUAGACACUUAAAUACAACUAUGCCAAGAAUUCUGUGAAUAAUAUUAUAUCUUAAGUA